GAGUUAGGUUUUCUGUCGUCGCCUAAUUUUUGUUCGUCCGCUUCCUUUCCUUAUUCGAGAGCGCCGCGCACAGCUCGUCCCGCCUCCCUUCCGUCUCAGGCGAACCGAAGGAUCGGCUGCUCUUCCGCUGGAUGACGUCUGCCGUGGAACGGAGGGAGCGUAGGCGACUGGUCUCGUCUGACAGAUCUACUCCUCCUCCUGUUAGAGUUCGCCAUUCCCCUCAUCGGAAGGCCUCCUCUAGGAGAGAUGUUUCACCUGGUUACCCGAAGAGUUCCCGGAUGUCUAGGUCGCCGUCUCCGCGAACCAAACGCUUACGGAGAGCUCAAGCAGAGAGGGACACCACCCAUAGGGUACCAGAUAGAGAGCUUGAGAGAAGUUCUGGCCGGGAAGAUAUCGACAAGGGGAGGUACAAAGAAAGAAAAUUAUUGAAGGAGAAGAAUGACGGUUCACGGUCCCCCGAAGGACGAAGCUAUAGAGAAAGACACCGUUCACGUUCCCCUGCUAGGGUUUCCACAGCUGGAGUCAGUAAUGAGGUCGAGAGGAAGACUAGUCCGACUGAAUAUUCCAGGAACAAUGAAGAUGAUUCUCUUGCAAAGAUGAAGGAAGCUGAGAAGGCACUGGAAGCAAAAGAAAAGCAAAAACCAUCAUUUGAGCUGUCUGGGAAGCUUGCUGAGGAGACUAAUAAAGUUAGAGGUGUUACUUUAUUAUUUAAUGAACCUGCUGAUGCUCGCAAGCCUGAUAUCAGAUGGCGAUUAUAUGUUUUCAAGGCUGGAGAAAUGCUCAAUGAGCCUCUCUAUGUGCACCGGCAGACUUGCUACCUUUUCGGUAGAGAAAGGAGGGUAGCAGACAUUCCAACUGAUCAUCCAUCUUGUAGCAAGCAACACGCAGUUAUUCAGUAUAGGCUUGUGGAAAAGGAGCAACCAGACGGUCUGAUGUCAAAGCAAGUAAGACCUUAUUUGAUGGAUCUCGGGAGCACAAACGGAACUUUUGUCAAUGAUAACCGCAUUGAGCCACAGCGUUAUUAUGAACUUUUUGAGAAGGAUACAAUUAAGUUUGGCAAUAGCAGUCGGGAAUAUGUCUUGUUGCAUGAGAAUUCAACCACAUGAACACCCAUGCAUCGAGGUGCCAACACAGUAGAUGAUCAUGCUAAAACUGGCAAACACAUUUUCAAUCUCUGGAGUUUCAUAACAAAUCCAUGGAAGUUGUCUACAUAACAAAGCGUUGUACCCACUGCUGUUUUUGUUUCUUAGUGGCUCAACAAACUUUCAUUCGCAAAAUUUGCUAAUGAUCUGAUAUUUCCCCAGUUGAGCUGAAUGUGUCUGAUCUUGAUGACAGUGGAUGGGAAAUGGUACUCGUUGGUUUCUUAUGUAUCCUGUUUCUUGCUUCAAACUAUAUUUAAAGCAAGUCUGUAAAUUGUUAAGAGGGAUUGUUAAUUUCAUAUUUUUUGAGUUUGCAGAAAGGAAUUCAUCAAGUUCUAGUAUUGUAAAGUUGCUAAAAAGCUUUGGCAUGGAAGGAACUGAGUCAUGAAUACACUCAUUGAGCUGUUUA